AUGUUGAACUCGGAAGUCUAUGGGCCGGUGAAAAAUAAUACGUCCAGUGAUACCUUGAUCUCGAAUAUUCUCACAGCCAGCGAGAUAACCACCACACCUAAGACAAGCUGGGAAAUAGCUAUAAGAGAGUAUUCCAGAUUGUUUAUCCGUGCACAGUGCUCAAUGACAAGGGUAUUGAUGGAGAAUUUCUAUUUUAAUCUUGAGGUAUCAAAGAGCAAGGGCCCAGGGUUCAUGGCCUCUCCACGUGAGUUGAAAUAUACCAUCGGCGGUAACCGAUAUAGAACUAGAGUGGAGGGCGCGGCUAUUGUUGAACCACGAGCUCAAUACCUACCCAUUAUUUCUUUUACUGGGGGGCUCGAAAAUCAGACAUGGAAUGAAUUCCUUACUAGAAACCUUAGUAUUCUGCGGACCGGCUUCGAGGAUCAGGAAGUUUUCAUAGUUGGCCUUAUCACGAGAGUUCAUGCCGAAGGAUACUCAGAACAUGAGGCUUUUAGUCUCAAGUUCACACGGGGAUAUAAUCUGUGUUUCAUGGAAGACUGGCUUGACGCUAUACGUGUAUUAUCAAGGUUGAUUCGAUACAUUAUUAGUGGAAAGGCAAAGGUCGGUGCUGUACAGGUUAAUAUGUAG